AUGCCGACUCUGCGACCUCCGUCUUCAAGGUCCACGUUGUCGAGAUCAAAUUCAGCAGAGGGGACACUAGAUCAUCAACAUUCUUCCGGCGCAGGUGAUGCAAAGGUGGAAACCGACGACGCUCAGGCCGCUCAGGGCCUAAAGCAAGAGGAAGACAGCGUGAAAGACGAGGAUGCGGACGCUCGGGGGAGCAGUGCGGAAGCUUCUCGGAGUGCAUCGGUGGAGGUCAAACCCGAGUCCGCUAUCCCCAAAUUGGAGGAGGGCCGCCCGUCAGCGACACCGCCCGUCUCUUCGCGCUCGAAAAGCAAGCCCGAGCCCCAGCUUAUUGGACAUCUCCGGCGUGCGGAGGAAGAUGCAUUACGCACAUUCGUAGAGAUUCCUGCGAAUCAUUACCAGUAUGGCACCCUGGGUCGCUCGAGGGAGGCGUUGGAGAGCAUGACUUGCGACUGCCAGUACGAGCAUGGCGUCGACGACCGUGAUGUUGCAUGUGGCCACGACUCUGACUGUAUCAAUCGACUCACGCAAGUCGAGUGUAUGCCGGACGACUGUCGCUGUGGUGGGUAUUGCCAGAACCAACGAUUCCAGCGCAAGGAGUAUGCUCCCAUCGAUAUCGUCCUGACGGAGAAGAAGGGUUUCGGCCUUCGCGCGGCAGAAAAUCUACCAAAAGAUACCUUCAUCUACGAGUAUUUGGGCGACGUAGUCAGCCAGCCGUCCUUUUUGAAGCGUAUGCGUCUAUACGCAGAAGAGGGCAUCCGACAUUUCUAUUUCAUGAUGCUCCAGAAAGACGAGUUCAUUGACGCCACUAAGCGUGGGGGUAUCGGGCGCUUUGCGAACCACAGUUGCAAUCCCAACUGUUAUGUCGCGAAAUGGACCGUUGGCCAGCAUGUACGCAUGGGGAUAUUCGCCAAUAGGCACAUCAAGAAAGACGAGGAGCUGACGUUUAACUACAAUGUCGAUCGUUACGGCCACGAUGCGCAGCCUUGCUAUUGCGGCGAGUCAAAUUGCGUCGGAUUUAUUGGCGGCAAGACGCAGACCGAUAUCGCGGCGAUGGAUGACCUGUAUCUCGACGCACUCGGUAUCUCUGAGGAGGUUGCGAAUUUGGGCCUCAAAGGGAACAGGAAGAAGAAGAGCAAGAAGCUCGACGAAGACUACCUCCCUACUCUCAAGCCACUCGUCGAGAAAGACGUGCCGAAAGUCGUCCAGGCUCUCCGUCAAACGCAAAGCCGGAAGGUGUUGGUCAAAUUGCUAAUGCGUGUCAAGCUAACAGAGGAUCAGUCGCCCCUCCGACAACUGAUGCGAUUGCGUGGGUUCAGCGUAAUGACAAACAUUCUUGAAGAUUACAGCUCUGACGUUGAGGUCUCAACGCUGGCGAUCGAAUGCAUGACGACGUGGCCCUUGAUUCAGCGUAACAAGGUCGAGGACUCGAAGAUUAACGUGCCUGUACAAGCUUGUGCGCAGUCGGAGAAUCAAGCUCUCGCAGAGCUUGCUCAAAAGCUUUUAACGCAAUGGGAAGCCCUGGAGUAUGCCUACCGAAUACCCAAACGUCUGAAAAUGCCUGGAGAAGACAACGCCCUCGAGACCACCACUUACGACUACCGGAGCGAAGAUCCUCGUCCGGCUAAACGCGUCAAAUCGACCGCGUUCGAAUUCGAGGAACCGAAGUUUCAACUCAGGCCUGUUUGGUUUCAGAAACGCUUGCCUACGUCUCAGUCGAUAUCUGCUGACCUGAAGAGAGAGACAUCUCCCGACCCAGAGGCGAUUGCCGCAUCGUUGGGUCCACAACCAUCGCGUCCCACUCAGCAGGAGCUCGUGGCUGCGAUAAUUGCCAAAGCGCAGGCGGAAGCAGAGGCGGCAGCUGUAGCACCGUCGGCGGCCGGCGAUGCUGCAAAGGCUGAUGAUGCUGCGCGGAAACGAUCGUCGAAGCACAAGAAAAUGUCAGAGGAAAAGAAGGAGGCUCUCAAGGAGAAGAAGCUGCUGAAGCUCGUGGGAGCUGUCGUGGUAAAGUGCAUGUCGAAGUACUCCAAACGCAUGGAUCACGAUCAUUUCAAGAAGCAUGCGAAGGAGUUGACGCAUAUCAUCGCGGAGAAGGAGAAGAAGUCGUCAAGCUAUAAGGAGGGACGCCUGGACUCGCUGUCGGACGAGAAGAUCGCCAAGAUCAAGAAAUUCGCGAAGGAGUAUAUCGCGAAACUGCUCCACAGACUCGAGAAGGGCAAGCGGCACUCAUCUUCCGCAGCGAAUCCAGAUGAUUCGAUGGACGCGUCAGGUUCGGGGGCAACGCUCGCUCAGGACGACACGCAUGAGGAGAUGGAUCUCAAUGCGGUCAUGCCCGAGCUCUCGACGGCAGAUUUGAUGGACCUGGACGAGGACAUGGACGAGGGUGAGGGCGACGGCGAGGGUGAGGGUGAGGGCGACUCGUUCGGCAGCGAGCAGUCACCACCAGACUCGGUAAGCGCGCUGGAGACCCCGUCGGCCUCGGAUGCCCCUACGCCGGUCGUCACGCCUGUAUUAGACCCGCGUCUGAGACAUCGGAACGAGGAGUGUGGGUGGGAUCCAGACAGCGACAAGCUCAGUGUGCGGCAGGGUUUGAGCACUGUCUCCGUGGGCUCAUAG